UACAUCCAUACGCUGAUAUCUUGGCAACCGCUCACGGCCUCUGUCGACUCAUCGAUGUAUUUUUGUUUGCUUGUUUGCUAAUCUCCGUUUCAUAUGAUUUGCAUCGAAUUUUCUCAGUUCCGAAAUUUUUGCGAAACCACCAUCAUCAGGCUCACGGCCUUUUCGACCGAUUAUUUUGUAAGAAUAAUCGAACUUAUCGAAGUUCGGCCUUUCAAAACAAAGAAAACACUUCAAACGAGCCAGCUGAUUAUGAUGCUAAAAAUAAAUCGACGUGAUUUUAUCCUUAGAAUAUUCUGACUUGAGGAAAAGAAGUUUCGAAGAUAGAAAAUGGCAGAAAGAUUUCGCGACAGUACUUCUUUUUACUAUGGGGGCCCUAGAAGGGCCUCGCAGAGCGACGAUCAAUCGUUGGGACCUAGAAAAACGCUGCUGGUGCUAGUGGUGGUAGCGGGGUGUUUCGCAGUGUUAUGGCCUAAGGUUUUCUACCCCAUGUUGGUAAACAGUACCAGUGGUCAAAUAAAGCCCGGACCGGUGGAUAAGAUUUCAGGAUGUUGUGAUGUAAUAUCAGAAAUAGACCUGGACACUAUCAAGAUAAUGUCUGAAUUAUGCGGUACUAUAAUAGAGCCGCAUAGUUCUAAAACUCCAUCUCCGAAAGAAAUAGUCACACAGUGUAGAACUGCCGUCCUAGAGACUUGUGGUAUCGAUAUAUCGGCAGUUUUGCAAGAAAGAGUAUCUCUAGGGCACUCUGUAAAGCAAAUUUUGGACGAAGUGAGGACACUGAAUGGAUCUCUAUGUUUAAAGUACAACUUUGGAGUGUCCCCAUGGAGUUUGGGUGUGCCACACAGAGUUCACGUCAAUAUAGAUCCAGCUAUCAGACAAGAACGCCCCACCCAUAUUAGACCAGAAAUGGUUCAUCCGGCGUUCAAGGAACGCGGAAGAGCAAUCCCGCAACCGGAAGUGACAUCAUCACGUCGUCCUGGACCUCCACCAAGGAUCGUAGAAGGCAGGCCGGGACCCAUACCAGGAAUGAGACCAGCCAUGGGAGGCGCUGGUCAUAUAGUUCCACCCUCCAAACAAUCCAAUAAUGGUUUCCUGGGUGUGCUAAUGCCAAUAUACACUGUGGGAUUCGUAGUGUUCUUCACAUACACCAUUAUGAAGUUGGUGUUUAAGAAAAAAACAGAGACUUAUAGCGGUUCUUCUUUGUAUCCUCCUGUGGACACUGACGACCAUCAGUUCCAGAAAGAAGUGUUUGAAUCCAGCAGAGAUUAUUAUAACAGACCUAAUAGAGAUAAUAGUAAAAUUGUUGUAAACGCAGUGUCUGCCUUGCUGGAAGAGGUUAAUCAGGAACUGGAGUCCAGAAAGCAACAGACUGUGGCGGAUACCGUACUAGAACAGGAUGAAGUUACACCAAAUGGUUCGUUGCCUAAAGAAGAAGAAAAGAAAGUUGAAGAACAAGGUUCUGUAACUGUUCUAGGCAUGGAAACGACGGCAAGCUGCGAGGGUGGUAAAAAAUGGUCCAGACCCGACUCUCCAGUGUUGUCACAUCCACCGGCGGUGGUUCCCAAGGAACCGUCACCUUCACCGCAGAUUUUCUUGGAAGGUUCUCUGCCACCUCAGUCGCAGUUGUUGGUAGCAGACGCUGCGACUGAAGCUCAGAAGGACCCCGAAGAUGACGCUCCCGUUGUACUUGCCGGUAAAAUGACACUAAGUGUCAUCAGUUUAGACUCCGAAACUGGAACCGAAGACUCAUCAAAUUCCGGCAAAAAAUCCGAAACAUCUGACGAAGAAAAACAAACCAUCAGCGGAAACACCUCUGAUGAGUUUGAGAAGAUCAAUGCGGUUGAUUUAGAGGAAGAAAUUAACAAUAUCAUCGAAGAAGCCGAAAUAAUAGCCUUGAAUGGAGAAAAAAGAUCCAACUCAAAUGAAGAAGUAGAACGCGAUGUCAUAGAAGAGAUCAGUAAUGGAGUUAAUAUCAUGGAAGAUUCGUCCCCUGAACUGCCUGUCACCGACAUCGUCAAAGACCCAUUGGACAAACACGAAAAAAAUCUUCUUUCUGAACCUACCUGCUUUAGUAGUAUCGUGAACGUAGUUGCAGACGCCAUUAUUGAGGAGAAACCACGUGACAUAGAAGAGUUACUGAGUAAUGAAGAAAUAAAACUUAUUGCAAAAUAUCAAGCCUCAGACAAUGAUGAAGUUGUAAAUGAAGACAAAGAAGUACCACCGAAUCAGUCACUUGUUGCUCAGUUUUUACAUGAAGAAAAAAUAGCUUUGUUUAAUCAAAAUCCAGAUGUAGAUGAGAUUUUUGUGAGGAGGAAUGAACCUGUCAAAAUUGGAAUUCAGGAGGGAAUAGAAAUUAUUGAUAUUGAUUUAGUAGAUGUCAAAGAUAAGAACGCUGAAGAUAUUGAAGAAGUUGCCAUGAAUAAAAGGACAACUGAAGAAAUUAUUGAUCAGAAUCAAGAUGAGUUCGAUAAAGCUGAAAAUUUAGAAGGUUCAAACGAAAAUAUAGUAGAUAAUUCAGAAGAUAGACAGCCAGUGAUUAAUAGCCAAGCGGAUUUGCUCUUAAGAGGUCUAGGAGUGGAAAUUGAAGAAAACCAAGAUAACAACGCAUGUACCUCUGCUGAGUCUGAGGCAGUUCAAACAAACACUCAACAACAGACUGAACAGACUGAUCAUGAAGAAACUAAAGACCCGAAUAUAGAAAGGUCAGUCUUAGAAGAUCAGAAUGUUAACGUUUUGGACGUUAUUGAUCAAAUUAUUGAAGGCAUAGAGUACCGUGAAGAGAGUGAUAGCGAAGAACUACCACCACAAGAUGUUGAGAGAAGUAGUUCAGAUGAACCGGCCGUAGGAAGACUAAACGGCGUGGAAAACGAAACAUCCGAAAACGAAUUAGAGAAUGAAGAUGAUUUUGAAAUUGAAGAAAUUAUUGAAUAUGUAGACAACACUGAUGAAGAAGGCGAAGAAAUUAUAGAAAUGGACAUAAAUCAAGGGGAGAGAAGCCUUCAAAAUGGGGACAAUUGAAAAUAAAUCGAAAAAGCACAUAUAGCAAGAUAUACUUAAAGUUAUAUUUGCACUUUUACACCUUUUAGUAGAUAUAGUUGAAAAGAAGAAAAUGUCUCCCCCAAAAGUACUGAUAUUUUUUUCACUAAUAUAUCGUCGUAGAAACGUAUAUAAACAUACUUAAUAGGCAAAUAAGCAUUAUAUUAAUUGUUUUUAAAGUUACAUAUUUAAUAAAUAUGUUUCUCUAUUCUAGUCAAUGAUUUUUUAGCUGGAAUAAUAGGUGCAACUCACGUCAUUCUCACAUUUUAUUAAUAUUAUAGAUUACCACUGUGCCAAAUUUUAAAAUGGUUUUUGUCAAAUAAAUAUAUUAUUAUUA